GACUGUAAAUGUAUUGGAAUGACAAUAUUGGAAGUCUUUUAUAUAUGGGAACAGACUUAUGGUGCUGUCGAAUCGGAUGGUAUCCAUCUCGGCGUCUCCGGUCUUGCGUGAAUUUCGAUGUCAGUCAUUGAAGGAAACUUGAUUUCCUCCCGUUGUUGUAAUUUCUACUUGAUCCACGUCAAAAAAGUUAAAUUGAAACAAGUUUUCUAAUUUUGCACGAAAAUAUCGAAAAAAAAUGACAGCAAUUGAAAUCGUAUUGUUUGGACGAAUAUUUCUUUACAAUUGUCCCGGAGCAAUGUCAAAAUACUUUUUAUCCUUAUUAAUAAGGUGAUUACGCAUUUUCGGACUGAUCGUUAAUAUUAAUUGCUUGAUAAAGUAAUGAAUUACAAUUUUUUUUGUCUUUCAAGAUUGUACACUAAUUAAAAUGGCAUGCCUCAUAUCUAUUACGAUAAAAACAAUUAUUCAUUUUCUCCGGGAACAAUAGUACAAUCCAUUUUCAUCGAUUUUUAUACUUCACAGUGAUCUCGUAGACGAAUCGGAGAGAAGAUAAUUCUUCUUGUGGAACCGCGAAAUCAAGGAUUUAGUACAAGCACGUACCCGACAAUACUCGGAGAACAGUAUGAAUCGGUGCACAAAUAUUAGAUUCGUCGAUUUUCUUUUGAGUGGUCGCUUGUUCGAGUUUUAUGGCAUCAAAGUGUUAGAUUCAAAGUAAAAUGAUUUAAUCUCAAAGUGACUUUACGGAUUUGAGAGUAAAAUAAAGCCUGUUAAAUACAUGGCUUUUAUGGUGUGUUACUCAUGCGUGAAACAGCGGAAUUAAUUGUUGUGGCUAACUGGGGAAAUGAAUGAUCAAUGUUUAAUCAUUCGUUAGUACACAAAUCGAUGGAAAUUCAAGGACAGAACAUUGAUCCGAGUGUCAUGAAAUGGAAUAAUGUGGGAGGUAAAAAAUGGAGUGUCGCCAAAUGAGAGGACGAACGGAGACAAGGUAAUCCGGAAAAUCGGCUUGUGAAUAAUACAAAUAUAUAAUCAUAGAUGAAAGCGUAUUACGUGUCAUUGACAAAUGAAAGGGUGAACAAAAUCUGCACGGAAACGUGAGAGAAUACUACCACCCAACAAUCAAAUAUCCAUUUGACACCAUUUUCGAUUCAUAAUUAAGCAAAAUAAAAUAAUGUGGAGAAAAAUUUUAAAAAAAAUAUAUACAUUUGAAAAUGUAUUACGAACCGUAAAGAUCCGACAUGAAUAAAAAAUAUGAAUAUGAAAGAUUUCGAUAUGAAUAAAAGUGCGUGAUCUCUAAAAAGUUUUUGUUUUGUUAUCGUUCGAGAAAAUAACUUUCUAGCCGAACUUACUAUUAAUGAACAAAGCCAAAUCGUCUCUGAAAUUCGUGCGAUUCCUUAAUUUCCGGACUUUGAAUUGUGGGAGCAACAAAAAAAGAGAACUUAGAGAUAAAAAGAGAAAGAGGGAUAGAAAGAAUAAUCGAAAGGUAAUUAAAGUAAAGAUCGGGUAGAACGAUGGAGACGGGGAAAAAGAAGGAGCUCGGGAAACAAUCUCGAAACACAUCAGGAAAAACAGGAUGGAUAGUUAUAUUCCUUUUCCUUUUUAAUGUAUGAUUUCCAUCAAAAAACGUAAUGGCAUCGGAAGAUUUUUCUUUUUGUAGAACUUACCAAAAAUAAUUUCACUACAAACCCGAAGUAACUUUAGAAGAACCGCAAAAAAGGUGAAAAAAAUAUGAUUUUGGAAAAAAAAUUGCAAAAAAUGUGAUACACUUUACCUAACCAUAAAAAUUGUGAAGACGAUACGGAUCUUUAAAAAAAACUUUUGGCAAUGUAAACAAUAACAUAGAAACCAUAGUUGGUAAUUUACCUUUAACAAAAACAAGUCUUCUUGUGAUAACUUCGACUGGAAAAAUCUCAUUGCGAGCAUAUUUCCCAAAUUGUAGCAGUCUAUUUAAAAAAUAGGCACAUUUUAAAAUAAUUGAAUGAAAAUUGAUUAAACGAGUUCUGCAAAAAUCUACAGUGAGGAAAAUACUAAGCAACAAAACGUUCCAACAGCAUCAUAUAUUGAGUGCAACACUGGCAAACUCCGUCGCGAAAGAGCUAGCCGAGAAUGUGAACGAGAAGAGUAGUGAAGGAACUUUUUUCUCUUGUUCGUCACGGAAAUAUCGACUUUUGUCGAGGUCCACGUACGAAGUCUUGAGUAAGAAAAAUAAAAAAAAUAGAUAAAAAAGAAAGUAAGAGCAUAAAAAACGCGUCCAACAGAACGAAAAAAUUCUCAACUAAAGAAAAGAACAUCACGCACGGAUAUCGCCAGUUGAUGAAACGAAUGAAGGAAUAUAAAUAUAUUCGGCAAAAAAAAAUAACUCUCUGAUGUACAUUUGUAAAUUAUAAUAUGUGCACUUGUUGAUAUUUACUCGGGCUCGUAGAAAAAGUCCAACGUCGUUUUCGUCGCAUCUGCGUUUAUCUCCAACGUAGACACACCCACACACACGCAGACACGCGCGCACAGCAUUCAUAUAUAUGGAAUUGGAAAGUGUAGAGAAAUUAAGAGAAAAUCGGAAAGUUUCUAUUGUCGAAAACCGAUUUAAGAAAAAAAGUAUAGAGGGUGAGAAGCCCACGAGAGACUUAGAAAGAAGCGUAGGAGUAGAAAGAUAAGAUUCUUUUUUUCCUACUACAGACAGAAAUUGUCGUCAUUUUUUUUUUCCUCGCAUUCUGAUCCCAGCUUAAUAAGACAAGGAUAACUCAAAGAUAAGAAUCUCUUCAAGAAGCGUCUUCUAAAAGUUGCAGUUCCCAAGGUUCGUUGAUCCAAAAAUAUCUAAUGAAAGUGCGAGUGAGCUUCCGCUCUGUUCUUCUGUUGCUAAAUCAGAGACAAUGUGAUAGAAAUAAGAGUCUUAGAGUUUUUUUCGUUGUUAGUUUUUCAUUGCGGUUGAAGAAAAAACAUGUAAGGUGACGGAUAUCCAUUAGAAAGAAGCACAGAGAAAUUUUGCAAGAAAGUUGAAAGGUUAAAAUAAUACCUUCAUUAAAAACUACAAGUUUACAUAUAUAUGAGAACUGCCUUAAGUACGAGCUUAAGGAUAACGAAGAAAAAAGCAACGAGAAUGCUCGUUGUUUCUGACGUUUUGGACGAUAGAACAUCCUCGGCAUCCCUUAUCGAGAACCGGGAGAAAUGAAGUUAUCAGUGUCGGCUUACAGAGCCCAAGCAAGUGCUCACAAGAAAAUUCUUUGCAACUAUCAACAUCAACUGAGCUACGGUGCGACCAGCCAGGCUUCUUCAUCCCGGACCCACUCAGACCCUGCCGCAAUCCUCUCCGGUCUCAAGGUGGAUCGUGCCGAGAACGAAGAGGCCCAGGAAGGAGGUCUGGGAACGUCAACCGUCUACUGCGCUGCUUCCGGUUCGAGAAUGGGUUCUGGACCCGAUUCCGGUAGCAGCGCCCCAUCUUCGGAACCUCGAUCGAUCGCCAUCUCGCGCGAUCGUGGGGACGACGAAGAAGAGAAGAGUGGCAGCGGUAGACGGUCAAACGGUCACGGUGGAUCCAGAUCAUCAGCGUCAGCGUCACGUCGGGGAAGUUGCACGUCUGCGAACGAAACGACGUCGAGUCGUCAGGUCUCCCUCCGAAAGUCGUUCAGUGAUGGGCUUCUUAAUACGAUGAAUAACUCGACCAUUUCGGAUAUCAUGUUGGACAGCAACGACAGCGGAUCACCCGAUACGGCGAUACCAACGUCGGCUAGGUGCCCCCGUAUGUCGAGAGGUUCCCAAAAGUGGAAUAAUGUACGAGCCGCCAUGGCCCUUUAUUCCUCCCUCCGCAAGAUCAAGAGAACGAAAAGCAAUCAGCGGUGGAUGAAAUUGCGAACAACAGUACAGUUGUCUUCGGCAAUAUCAACAGUACAAAAGAAACCACCGUUGAAACGAGAAGACUCAUUUCUUAAGAGAUUUUCCACGAGGCAGAUACCGGAAAGCCAAGAAACGUUAGACACCGGCGAAGGCGAGGGUGACCCUUCAAACAAUAAAGAUUGUGGAAAUCGCGGACGGCGUCCGAGAACACCUCAAAAACCACCGAAGACCGUCAUUAAUCCAGACGAGAAUUUUUAUUACUACUGGCUGAUGAUACUCUCAUCUUGCGUUUUGUACAAUCUUUGGACUCUCAUAGUACGGCAAAGCUUUCCGGAGCUACAAGCAGUAUCGCCAACAACGUGGUUAAUCUGUGAUUGUUUCACCGAUCUUAUUUUCUUUUUCGAUGUCGGCGUUCAAUUCCGCACCGGUUAUCUCGAACAAGGUCUCAUGGUUUAUAACAACAAAAAAUUGGCCGGUCAUUAUCUCAAAUCUAGAUCAUUUAUACUCGAUCUUUUGGCACUAUUGCCCUUGGAUCUCCUACAAUUUAAUCUUGGUAGUAACCCGAUGCUUAGAUUUCCACGAUUUCUCAAGAUUUAUCGGCUUUACAAUUAUUAUUAUAUGGUUGAAUCACGAACGGUAUAUCCAAAUUUGUGGCGAGUGUUGAACCUCAUACACAUUCUUUUAAUACUCGCCCAUUGGUUCGGUUGCUUUUAUUAUUUGCUGAGCCAAGUCGAAGGCUUCCAGGGUGACUGGGUUUACCCCUAUAGACCGGGGGACUACGCUACCUUAACACGAAAAUAUCUCGGAUCGCUCUACUGGGCUACGCUGACGCUGACCACGAUCGGUGAUCUCCCGACGCCUGAGACCAACGCCGAAGUCAUAUCGAGCGGCAAACCACGGAGCCUGGCUCGUCGCGGCCGACUGUCCCGGCUUCUGCAGUUCAAUCAUAACGGAGGAUACGUGUUUACGAUAGUGAGCUAUCUCAUCGGAGUCUUCAUAUUCGCUACAAUAGUCGGCCAAGUUGGCAACGUAAUCACCAACAGAAAUGCCAAUCGUUUGGAAUUCGAGAGAUUGCUCGAUGGAGCUAAAACUUAUAUGAGACAUCACAAAGUCUCAGGUGGUAUGAAGAGGCGAGUUUUGAGAUGGUACGAUUAUAGUUGGUCCCGAGGAAGAAUACAAGGGGGUGGUGAUAUCAAUACGGCUCUUGGACUUUUACCGGAUAAGCUCAAAACUGAGCUUGCGCUUCAUGUUAAUCUUUCGGUGCUCAAGAAAGUCACGAUUUUUCAGGAAUGUCAACCAGAAUUUCUUCAUGAUCUCGUUCUGAAAAUGAAAGCGUACAUAUUCACGCCCGGUGAUUCGAUAUGUCGCAAAGGCGAAGUCGCUCGAGAAAUGUUCAUAAUAGCUGAUGGCAUUUUAGAAGUAAUAAGCGAAACUGGCAGAGUUCUCACGACCAUGAAAGCUGGUGACUUUUUCGGUGAAAUUGGAAUUCUCAAUCUCGAUGGUCUGAAUAAACGAACAGCAGACGUCCGUUCGGUUGGUUACUCCGAGUUGUUCAGUCUCUCGAGGGAGGACGUAUUAGCUGCUAUGAAGGAUUAUCCGGAAGCCCAAGAGAUUCUGCAGAAUCUUGGUAGAAAACGAUUGAUGGAGGCGCAAAGAGUAGCACGAGCUUACAGAAUGGAAGCAUCGUCGGGUCACGAUUCGGAUAACAGUACGGGCAAGAGAAUCGUGGAUAAGCUAAAAAAUGAUGUCAAAGGUUUGAAAAAUGUGUGGCGAAAGAGUCGAAGAAAUACGAGGCCGGAGGAGAGCCUCGAGCUGCAGCCUUUAACGCCAAAAGUGCCACCGCUGAAAAGGCAGACGAAAGUCGAUGAUAGUCAUCAAGAAGCAUCGGUAUCGAACAUCGAAGCACCAAUAUCACCCCUCGGAGCCGGGCUCCCGUUGCUUUCGAGACUACGUUUACUAAAAGAAAAACAAGACCGGGAAGAGAACAAAAAGCUUAUGGAGACGCCGGUUCAAGCGUCGGAACCGUCUCAGUGUAGCCUCGAACCCUUGAACCCGAUGAAUCAAAAUUUACCACUUUUGCAAAGGAUACUUUUGCUAAAAGCGAAAACCGAGACUGAAAACAUUGUUGGCAAAGAAGCGACCGUAAAAGAGCCACUUUUGCCGAAAAAAGUAAUCAUCGAAGAACCCUCCAAUGGCCAUCAAAAAAAUCAGCCAACCAUUACGAUUGUCGAGGCCGUGACCAAGUCGCCCUCGUUCUCCGUCAACAAUGAAAACUCAAGUAUCGCUAAAAAACCCUGGGCGAUGCUCAAAGACGCUUCGCUUACCGUCAAAGAUGCCGUAUCACCUCAAAGAAGUCCGCCAACCCGUAUACCACAACACAAACAGAGCCUCGUCCACAUUCGACAACGAACCAAAAUGUACGCCUCGGUCGACGAUUUAUCCCCCGAAUACUGCGGACUUCCUUUCGUCAAGAAACUUAAAAUUCUUAACGAAAGACAAAAACUUGCUGAACUUGAAAGAGCAGUUCGGAGUUCGAGCCUCGAUUGCGGCGAAAAUGCCGAAGCUGAGUUCGAUGGAAAUCUUACUAGAAGUCACUCGGAAGCCUGCGCUAUUGAGUACACGAGGAGACUCGACAAAUUUAAUAAGGCUCGUUGUUCAUUGACCUCUCAAUCCGAUCCUCUGUCACCCGAGGACGAGACAUUGGAAAGGCGUAAUUUGAAGAGUAUUUUAAAAAAGUUAUCGGCUGGCAGUAAAACCGAUAAUUCGGAAACUUCUACAGCGAGUAUACCGGAUCGGGAGAAAGUAACGAUGGAAUUCAAAAAAUUAAUGAGAGCACCCACCAUUGAAGGUUAUGCGGCGAGACAUUCGCAGUUCUCAAAAAGCGUUACCUUUAAUAAAUACACGCUCCAUAGUCCCCCGUCUGAGCCAACACUGAGCAAUGUAACCAGCACGCUCGAGGAACGCACGCAAAGCAAAUCCGAUUGUCAAGAACCUGACUCAUUCGAACCGCCCAAUAAACUUAGCUUCCGUCCUUUGAACAGCAGUGGAGAUUUACUGCAAAUGAUAUCCCGACCAAGAGACGAAGAGUGUCUCGGUGAACUUGUUACCGGUAUUCGUGACGUUAUACAAAAUCGACUGGAGGACAUACAAAGUAAAUUCGAUCGUCAGCUCUCGUCGUUGGAAUUGGAAAUAAGAAAACGGGACGAGAUAAUAUCUCAGCUCCAAGCAAGGAUACAAGAAUUGGAAAAUGCUGAUGUAUCGGGUUGCGAAAUAUCGCCGGAGGAUAGCAGCGAGCCGGAUAUAUCGAUGGAAUCUGAUGCUAUAGAAGCUUGCGAGGAUCAUCCGUUUAUGCGGGACGGUUCGGUUGAUACGGUACUAACAGCCAGGCCACAUAAUCGACGCGUAUCACCCAAGUCUCACGAAUCGUCGCGUAAUCGCAGAUCCUGGGAGGAACAUUCGGAGGAGGAAACACUAGAAUUGCAAGAUUUACCAAGAUCGAUAUCACCGCAAAGCAUCUGGAAAGAAGACGUCGCGAUUUGUCUCGAGUCUAACAGCGACGAGAGCAAAUCCGAAGACGACACGGGCAGACCGACCGUACGAAGAAGAAAAAAAAGAGGAAGAGUCGAAAGCGAGAGCGACAACAUCGACGACAGGGACGAAUCUGACGACGAUGACGGACGAGAUAACGAUAAUAGAUCCAACAAUUGGGAGGUUGAAAUGUUAGCUAAAGAAUUAGAAGCGAGGAGAAGAAGUAGCGAAGGUUCUAGUCCUGGUUCCUAGCGCAUUAAUAAUAUUGUAGAGAUAUUGUGUUACUACAAGACAACAAUUGAAACAGGAAAUUGGCAACAUCCACUUAAGAGAGGUAGCACCGCAAAUUUACACGAUCAUGAUUAUCCAUAUUUGGGUUUUUCGCGUUUUAAAGGUUGCAAUGAAACUAUGAUGUGAUCUCGAUCAUUACGAAUCAUUUAUUCCUUAUAUAGUGAGUCCUCUUAUCUCUAUCAUACGAAAGUUCGCCAAAUUCUUUGAUAUAAACCGUCAAUAGAAACAACGAUGUCGAUAUAUCGAUUCUCAUAUCUUCCUUCUGUUCCGAUAAUGUUCAACAAGCGAUUUCGAUAUACUUAACAAAAUAUCUUCGGUACUUAUUUAUCGGAAUGUUUCGUACCGAAAUUUCGAGUCCAAUAUUUUUAUCGAAUCUUUUUUUUCUUAAUACUAUUCAAGUGAAGAAUUGAAUUUUUCUGUAAGACGGGCUCGGUUCGGUUUAGAUAAUUACAGGAUAAUUUCAUUAACAAAACAGAACGCAGUAAACUUCCACACUAUUUUUUCUACGUUUUUUUAUUUUUCAAAUAUAUGAUCUGUAUGAUACCUCAUUUCGAGAAAAACUCCAAUACAAAAUCUUAUCGAAUCAGGCCACACUCCCCGUGUAGCUCUUUAAUGAACAAAUAAAAAUAAAAACAAAACAACACAUACAUAUUUCGACCAGUUCCACCAACUUCGUCGAUUAUUAGAUAUAUUAUACAUAAUAACCGUGAUGAAUUUGAAGUUUUCAUUGUCACGUCUCGAAUGUAUGAGAAAAUGAAACUCAAAAGCCGAAUAACUGUGCACAAUUGACAUAUUAGAGUAUAUCCAUAGUGUUAUAAUUGCAAAAUUACACUAAUACCGAAUUAAUCGUAACCUCUUUCUCUAUCUAACAAUUUUUCUUUCUUUCUUUCUUUCCCUAUCGUUCUUCUCGCUCUCCGUGUCGCGUGUACUUUGUUUUUUGUUCGAAUAAUUUCUCACGUUCAAUGAAACCCAUGGAUUACGUGCGAUAAUAAUAAAUUUAAAAUUAUUCCCACCGAUUCAUUCUCGUAUUUAUCUCUUUCAUCCUUUUAUUCCCUUUUCAUCGCGAGAAAUGGCACUUUUUCGCUGUUGGCAUCACUAAGCAAACGUUACUCAUAAAUCACAACAUUUCAUUUAUUCCGUGCAUGCUACACCAUUCCUAUUGUUUCAAGUUGCCGUGAUCUUCGAAAGAGUCGAUAAUUCUCAAAUUCCCUCCGGACAAUGAAAAUUACCAUUUCAAAUAAAUAUAGAGAUAUAACAGCAAAAAAAAAGAAACUCGUAACACCUAGACCCGAGUAAUCAAAUGUAGAGAAGAAUACUUAUUGCCGGAUGCAAAAAAAGAGGAGACCGCGGGGAAAAUCGGAUACCUGAGGAAAUUUCGUAAUUUUCAAAAGUUUGAGAAGCUUCAUCUAUUUUUUACCCUAAAAAAACACCAAAAAACUUUGCUUGCUUUUUGAAAUGCUUGCAAUUUUUGAAAGAAAAAAAAAUUGAGUACAAUAGGGUACAUACUCCUAAAAAAAUUCAUUAGAAUACUUUAACCUCGUAUUACAAUUUCUUGGCUAUUUCUUUCGAAUAUCAGUCACAAAAAAACUCGGAUUCUUUCGAAAUUUCUCCUUUUUUUUAACAAAUGCCUUUUUUCUUUUUUCCGAAGAAUAUAUUAAAUUGUGAGGAAAAAAAAUUUUUGCAAUUCUUGAAGUACCUCGUUAUGCCUCGAUACUUCGUUUCACCCUGGUCUCCCCUAUAAAAACAAAUGUGUCAUUGCUGUAAUUAACAAAAGUUUGUACUAAACGUUGAGAGAGUCGGAGAGAAAGUAAGAGAGAGAGAGAGAGAGAGGAAGAAAGAACGUUAGAAUACAUUGAAAAAUUGAGGAUUAUUCGUAACGAGCAAGAACAAUUUGAAUGAAGUGGAAGAAAAACUUAUACGAGAAUAUUGUAUUAUUACGUAUACUGACCAGACCAAGCUCAAUAUUUCUAGAGUCUUUGCAAAAUAAAGAAAAGUAUACUUAUAUAUUAAGUGCGAAUGACUGUUGCGAUAACUAAAAUAAAUGAAAGAAUAAAGAAACUACCAAAGAAACUUGUACAUAUUAGCUAACGACUUAUUUAUUUAUUUAUGAAUGUGUGUGUGCGUGAGAGAGACAGAGAGAGAGAGAGAUAGCACGAUAUGAUAGGAGUAUAAGAGAUUGAGUUUAAUAAGAAAAUCUAUAUACAAUAUAAAAAAGUAAAGACAAAACCAAAAUUAUUGAAAUGGUUGGUAGAAGAAAAAAAAUAAGCACUUUGGAUACGAAUGGGGAUUGAAUGAGAUUGAAAAAAAAAUGUACCUACCGUAAAUGCGAGAAAAACAUAAACAAUAAAGCGAACACAUUGUUUUCAAUAAUA